UAUCUCACGCUGGGAAAGGCGGAAAGUUGAAAUUUUCAAAGUUUGUAAACAUUGUCGAAUGAUGCGAGUAUAGAAUUGACGUUAAGGAAGCAAAAAGAAUUUUAAAAAUGAGUUUUGAAUUUGUAAUUCCAUCUUCUCGUGAUGAUUUGUUAAACAGAACAGGCAUAGACCACUUUGUUGUCAGUGAGAUUGCAACACUGCGAGAAAUACCAGGUGCUCUACAAGAAUUGAAGACUGCAUUCAGAAGCCAGGGCAGCAAAUGUCUUCUACAUAAGUUUGAUUCUCUGUUCAGUGUAAUAUGUUUACAGAAGGAUGUAAGUGGCGACCUGAAGGAAGAAGCCUGGCAGCUCCUCAUUAAAAUUGCUCAGAGUUUUGUAAACAACCUGGCAACAACAUUAGAUGAAACCAGCAUCGAGCCAGAGAUCAGGAAAGAUGGUUCUAACAUGGUUAAGAUGAUUUGUUAUCUGCUCAGUCAGUUUUUUGAGAUCUUUGAAGCAGAAGAUACACAGCCAAGUGCAAGUCAAGUUGUUGGGGGAAAGGGAAGAAGAGGCAAAAAAAAGCCUAGUGAUUCUGGAAUAGACUGGGACAGAGAGAAGGAAUGUGGAAUUAAAGUACUGUUACAUCUGGUAACUCCUAAUAUCCACAGACUCUGGGAUCCACCUAUAGUGGAAGAAGAAUUUGUAACUCUUGUAACAAACUGUGGGUACAGAUUAUUAGAGAAUCCAAGUAUAACCAGAGUGACAUCAAAGGAAACGAGAGAUGCUAUCAGCCAUUUGAUUGGUGUAAUGGCCAAAAGAUAUAAUCAUGCACUCAGUGCCAGUUUAAAGAUCUUACAAUUACUUCAACAUUUUGAGCAUUUAGUGUCACCUUUAGCCCACACAGUAGAAAUAAUUACCAAUGAACUGGGAGUGAAAAGUGUCAUACAAGAAAUAAUGAGAGAAGUAGGUCGCCUUGACCCAAAAGACAUUGCUAGAGAUCCGUCUGGAACAAGAUGUAUUUCAGCAUUCCUUGUUGAAGUAGCUGAGAAGAUACCUCUGGUGAUGUUGCCUAGUAUUAGUGUGUUAAUGUGUCAUCUGGAUGAGGAGUCAUAUACAUUGAGGAAUGGUGUACUUGGAGUGAUGGGAGAAAUUCUGCUGAAAGUUCUAAGUAAAGAUGAUCUUGAUAAUAAAAUGAAGUUAACCAGAGACCAAUUCUUAGAAUGCCUUACAGAACAUAUCCAUGAUGUCAACGCUUUUGUUAGAAGUAAAUUAUUACAGAUCUGGUGGAAUAUUGUCAAUGAAAAGUGUUUACCAUUGACAUGGCAGGAUAAAGUUUUGACUUUAGUAAUUGGAAGAUUAGCAGAUAAAUCCAGUCAAGUGAGGAAGAAUUCUAUACAACUUGUCACAGCAUUCAUCAAGUGUAAUCCAUUUGCUGCAAAGUUAUCAGUGGAGGAACUUAAAGAGAAUUAUGAGAAAGAAAAGGAGAAGUUAAAGGAAAUGACAGGUGGAGACGAGGAGAUGGAGACAGAUUCAUCACAAACAGAUUCAGUCACUCAGAAGAUAGAUGAGGAAUGGAAACCACUGAAAACAAAGUUAAAGCGUGCUAUUAAAAUUAUGCAUGAUAAGGAGGAAGAUGGAGUAGAAGAAGAGGGGAAUAAUGGAAAGAUUCCAGAAAAUGAAACUUCUGAAAGCGUCAUAAAACAAAUCAACAAUCUGAUCUCUGAAGAGAAAUAUGAAGAUGCUGUGACCUUGACCUGGGCAUUGUUAGAUGUCUUCCCACAGAUUCCUGUUUUUGUUGGUGGAAAUGCUGAGGAUGAAGAGGAAGGUGGAGAAGAACCAGAUUUAAAGAGCUUGGAAAAGACUUUAGAAUACCUGUAUAAGAUAUUCUCAGAAUCAAAGAAGCCUGGUUUGGUUUUGUCUGAACAACCAGUUGAUGAAGUAGUUGUUAAUGAAAUAUCAAAACAACAGAUUGUUGUACAGUACUUGAAGGAUUCCUUACUUUUUGCCACACAAAUACAGAAAGCUGUCCCAAUGAUUUGCCAGCUACUAGGGUCCAAGUCCAUUACAGAUGUUCUUGAAGCAGUUGAGUUCUUCAUUACAGGAUUUGAGUUUGGACUGGGUAUAAUGAUGAUGGGGAUCAGAAGAAUGUUACCUUUGAUCUGGAGCCGUGAGUCUGGAAUUAAAGAAGCUGUUGUUGGUGCCUACAAACGACUGUAUCUCAGUCCAGCAGAUUCUAAUCAGAGAUCAAAAUCGUUGACCAUUGUAAAGAAUCUAUCAGCAUUAGUUGAUGGUGCUACUAUGGGAGAUUUAACUUCUCUGGAAGGAUUGAUAGUAGAAUUUGUGAAGUCUGAAGAGCUUGACCAAUCAGUUAUACAGAUGUUGUGGGAAAGAUUCACUAUGAAAGUCCCUAACACUACCCAGCAGGAUAGUAGAGCAGCUCUAAUGUUGUUAUCGAUGGCGGCAGGAGCCAAUGCUAAGAUAGUUCAGAGUAAUGUUGAUAUACUGGUAAAAGAAGGACUUGGAAGUCGUGCAACAGAAGAUUUUAUACUGGCCAAGGAUACUUGUAUCACACUACUUAAACUAGGAACAGACAAAAAGGCAAAAGGGGCUGUUGCCAAGAAACCUUACAGAUUGCCUGAGGACCAUGAAAUGUUUAUUAGACUGUCCGAACUACUUAUUAAUAAUGUAGCUAAUGAGAAAAACAAUCACUGGAUAGCACUGGCAGAGCAGGCAGUAAAAGUUAUUUACAAGUUAUCUGAACAUCCAGAUGAUAUCUGUGGGAAUAUCAUUAAGUCUAUAGCUGAUAAACUUAUACAGAUAGGCAAACUAGAAACAACAAUAUUGUCUGCAGCAGGUGAUUCUCAGCCCUCGGACGAUGCCUCUACAACAGAAGUAACCAUACUACUGACCAGACUGGUCUCUAUAGCUGGUAGUAUAGCCUUUAGUCAGAUGAUACAUGUAGACAACAGUGUACUUGGGGAACUUAAGCGGCGGAGAGCUGUACAGGAAGAAAAAAAGAAGAAACCAACCAAAAAACAAGAUAAGUCUAGAAUAGAAAGUGAGGCUAUAGAAGAUGAACUUGGUUUGGCAGGGGCAGCUGCUGAGGAUGCUGAGGUGGAAUAUAUCAGGAGAAUAUGUGAGCAGGAAAUUGUCACAGGAAAUAACUUGCUUGGAAUACUGGGACCAUUACUGGUUACCAUUUGUCAGAACCAGACUAAAUAUUCCAGUCCACAACUGAGAACAGCAGCUACCAUGGCAAUGUCAAAGUUCAUGAUGGUCAGUUCCUCAUUUUGUGAAGAUAACCUGCAGUUGUUGUUUACUAUCCUGGAGAAAUCAUCUAACCCAGUCAUCAGGGCCAACACAAUAAUUGCUCUAGGAGAUCUCACAUUCAGGUUCCCUAACUUGAUUGAGCCAUGGACAGCACACAUUUAUGGAAGACUGAGAGACACAUCAACUCAUGUAAGAAAGAACACCAUGCAGAUUCUGACUCAUCUUAUCUUAAAUGAUAUGGUGAAGGUCAAAGGUCAGAUCAGUGAGAUGGCCAUGUGUAUUGUAGAUGAUGAUGAAAGAAUCUCUGGAUUGGCAAAAUUGUUCUUCUCUGAACUGUCAAAGAAGGGUAAUGCUGUAUAUAAUAUCAUGCCAGAUGUCAUCAGUCGUUUAUCAGAUCCAGAUAUUGGGGUUGAUGAAGAAAAUUUUCGAACUAUCAUGAAGUACUUGUUCUCUUUUAUACAGAAAGAUAAACAGUGUGAGAGUUUAGUCGAAAAAUUAUGUCACAGAUUUAGAGCUACAACAACUGACCGUCAGUGGAGAGAUCUAUCAUUCUGUUUAUCCAUGCUGUCCUAUAGUAUCAAAGGGUUACGCAAACUACAGGAGAAUUUUACCUGCUUUGGGGACAAGUUGGCAGACGAUGAUGUUUAUGGAAUGUUCUGUCAAAUUCUUUCCAAAUCUAAGAGUUUUGCUAAACCUGAUAUGAAGGCUUUACUGGAUGAACUUGAACAGAGAAUAGAACUUUGUCACCAGAAAGGUUUAGAGGAAGAAGAAAUAGCACAUAAAGCCAGUCAGGCUUCAGAUGCGGCAGCUGAUACACAGAAACAUAAAAAGAAAGGUGGAAAAACAGGAAAAACACCAGCCAAAGGGUUAAAGAAGAGUAAACGACGUCAAGUCGACAGUGAUAGUGAUGAAGAGUUCAAAGAAAACAGAACUCCAGCACCACGACGGGGAGCACGGCAAAAACCUCAGCCCAAGUUGUCCUUCAGUUCCGACGAGGAAAGCGAUAUAGAAAUGUUUGACAUGGACAAAUCUUCGCAAGAGACCAACAGUCAAGUUGAGGCUGAGAGUGAAGAAUCAGACGACCCAUUAAGUCCUAAGAAAACCAACAAUAGAAGGAGGACAGGAAAGAGACAUUUACAUAAACUUUCACUUUCUCCGGUCAAAUAGAGUUUCAGAUUCAAGGAUGGAGAUGUUGAGAUUUAUUUAUGGAUAUUUAAUUUAAAGUGGAACUAUGAUUGGCAGAUAAAGUGAAAUUUUGAUCCGACAAAAAGACCCAUUUCACCAGAGAAAUAGGGAUGACUUUAUUGAAUUGACACAAAAAGUGAAAUAACUGAUAUAAUUUAAUGUUAAUAUAGUAUAUUAUUAGUAUUUUAUGAAUUUAGUAUUUACUGAAUGAUUUAAUUUUGAAAUCAAUGCAAAAUGAGACGUUUCUUAUGGGACUUAGAUUAUGCAUUGUUAGGAGAAAAUACAAGUUUUGCAUAAUGUAGUCUGAAACCAGUUUCUACAUUUUCAUAAAGUUCUUUAUAUUUCUGAGCAUAAUAUGCAUUUGACGAACUUUUAUAUUUUUAAUGGCUUUUUUAAUGAUAAAGUAAGAAAACUAAUUUGAAAAUUUUUUAUAAAUUCUUAAAUAACAAUCUUAACAAGUUUUAUUUUAUGUAUUUGAUUACUGUUAUGAAAAUUAUUUGAAUGGAAUAACUAAAACCAAAAAUAAAGACUUGUUUUGUAACAUUGUACAA